AUGAGGAAGACGUAUCAAGAAGCUCUUGCAUUGCUAGAUGAGUUGGCAAUGUAUAGCAGUUCUUGGCCUACAGAGAGGGUGAGGCAGUUAACCCAAAGGGGCAUGAUAACACUAGAGCAAAUCCAAGAGUUGGAGGCAAUAAAAGCAAGGAACGCUGCUUUUCAAGCUCAAGUGGAGUCGUAUAAAAGGCAAGUAGGUCAAAGGAAUGCUCCGGUGGCAGCAGUUCAAGCAGGGUGUGACUUAUGUGGAGAGUUUAGUCACUCAGGAGGAGAAUGCUUAGUUACUGGACAUGCCACAAAUGACCAAGUUAAUUACGUUGGAGGACAAAGCCAAGGUAACGAUCCAUAUUCAAACACCUAUAAUCCAGAAUGGGAGAAUCAUUUAAAUUUUGCCUGGAAGGAAACGAAUCAUGUGGAUCAAGCCAACGCAAAUACUCAAUCAAGUGCGGGAAGUUCCAAUUUUCAAUCGGCAACCACUACCAACCUAACCAAGGUAACUUUAACUCUCACAACUAUGGAGGUAGACCGCAAUAUCCUUCCGAAUUCCAACAAAACAGGGAUCAAGAUGAAGGGAGCAAGCUUGAUAAAAUAUUGGAGAAAAUGGAGCAAUUCGAGAGCAAGCUCUAUCCAAGGUAGAACCCAAGGUGGUUUACCCUCUACUACCGAAACUAAUCCAAUUGAGUUUUUGAAAGCUAUCACACUUCGAAGUAGCAAGGUUUUUGAUGAUCCUCAUGGUAAGAAACCUAUCGAAGUUAAUGAUGAGUCAAGUGCUAAUGAGGCAAGUUCGAGUAAGUCAAAGGUUAGUGAAGAGGUCGUGGUUGAAGUUGAGGCUCCUUAUGUUAGACCACCACCACCACCUCCGUAUGUUCCUAAGGUACCGUUUCCAAGUCGACUCAAGAAGACACUAGAUAACCAAAAAUUGCAUAAAUUCUUGGACAUCUUCAAGAAACUACAAACCAACAUAAGUCUAGCAGAUGUUUUGCAUGAAAUGCCUCAAUACGCGAAGUUUCUCAAAGACAUAAUCAUGAACAAGCGGAGCUGGGACAAAAAAGGCACUAUUUCAUUGACUGAAAAUUGCAGCUCAAUCAUCUCAAGCAAGUUGCCUAUCAAAUUGCAAGAUCCAGGGAUUUUCACUAUUUCUUGCUCAAUUGGCACUUCUACUUCUCUCAAUUGUCUUUGUAAUUUGGGUGCAAGUAUAAAUCUAAUGCCUCUGCCUUUUCAGAAAUUUAUGUAG